AUGACAGCUCCACCGGAUACGUCGUUUAAGAAGAUUGAAGAAGGUUACGCAAAACUUCAAGGAGCUCAAGAUUGUAAAUCUCUUCUUAAAAAGCAUCUCACAAAAGUUGUUGUCGACAAACUGAAGAGAAAGAAAACUCGUUUGGGAGCUACACUGCUGGAUGUGAUUCAGUCCGGUGUCGAGAAUCUCGAUUCCGGAGUCGGACUAUACGCCCCUGAUGCCGAGGCUUACACGUUAUUCGCAGACCUAUUCAAUCCCGUUAUUGAGGAAUACCACAACGGUUUCAAGGCCACUGACACACAACCGCCAAUGGAUCUAGGAGAAAAGAACUUAGGAGAGCUUCCAAAUCUCGAUCCAGAGGGCAAAUUUAUUGUAUCUACACGAAUCAGAUGUGGACGAUCCCUCGCAGGAUAUCCGUUUAAUCCGUGUUUGACCGAGAUCAACUACAAAAACAUGGAGAAGAGGAUGCAAGAUAUUUUCUCAACGAUCAAGGACGAUGAGCUAAAGGGAACAUACUACCCGCUCACUGGAAUGGACGAAGAGACGAAGAAAAAACUAAUCGCUGAUCAUUUCCUGUUCAAGGAAGGAGAUCGCUUCCUCCAGGCUGCUAAUGCAAAUCGGUUAGCCAAAACGUUCCUUGUAUGGGUAAACGAGGAGGACCACUUGAGAAUCAUCUCUAUGCAACCUGGAGGAGAUGUUGGCGCGGUACUCGGCCGUCUUAUCAAAGGGGUGACGUAUAUUUCGACAAAGGCGCCAUUUGCUCGUCACCCACGUCUCGGAUGGCUGACCUUCUGCCCAACUAACCUAGGCACCACAGUGAGAGCAUCAGUGCAUAUCAAAUUACCGAAGACAUCCGCAAAGCCCGAAUUCAAACAAAUUUGCGCUGAUAUGAAACUUCAGAUUCGUGGCAUCCACGGCGAACACUCGGAGUCUGCUGAAGGCAUCUACGACAUUUCGAAUAAACAACGUCUCGGUCUGACCGAAUAUCAGGCAGUACGCCAAAUGUACGACGGCGUGAAGAAAAUUGAUUGA